CAUUGUACGGCAUGGCGCCUGCGCACAAAGAUCACGUGAGGUAGGGAAGAUGGAGGAGGUCGGGUUCGAAUCGCUACGGCUGUUAUUGAAGGCUCCCUCAAAGGAUGUGGUGAGACAUUUAUGUCAGGAAAGUUUUUCCUCGGCGGCCACUAAUUCAUCCAGGUUGGUUGACAACACCGUCAGUAGUUUAUCAGUGACUCCUGAGGAGGCCCAGCAGCUGAUCUCUUCAAUUCACCAUUUCACACGGCAAGUUGUGUUCCAAGGACUAACUUCAGCAGAAGAGAUUUUCCCACUCUUCCCAGAUAAUUUCCAUCAGAACCUGAAAAAUCUGUUAACUAAAAUAAUUCUUGAAAAUGUAACCAGCUGGAGGAAUGAGGCACUUGCAAAUCAAAUUUCCUUGCCUCGCCUCAUCAACAUGGAUUGGAGAGUGGAUAUCAAAACCUCCUCUGAUAGCAUCAACAGAAUGGCAGUGCCUACGUGCCUACUCCAAAUGAAGAUUCAGGAUGAUGCCACUGUUUGUCAACGUAAGUCCACUAUUUCCACGGUCUCUCUUGAACUAAGUAAAGAAAAAUUGGACACAAUGUUGGAUGGACUUGGUCGGAUACGGGAUCAGCUUUCAGCUGUGGCAAAUAAAUAGUUUAGCAGUUGACUCAAUGCACAAGUAUAAGACACUUCUGAGAUAUCAUAUUUGGAUCAGGAGGAAUGUUUUCCUACAUGCCUUUGAGGCAUGAACCUUCCAUUUUGUGUUAUCUUAUUUCAAUCAUCAAAGAUGUGAUUGCUGUAAAUUUCUCCAUUUUUUUUCUCUUUUGGAAUUAAAUGUCUUAUUUUUCCUUUG